AUGGCCUCUGACCUGGAAAGCAGCCUCACUUCCAUAGACUGGCUCCCACAGCUUACUUUAAGGGCUACUAUUGAAAAAUUAGGGGGUUCCUCCCAAACGGGACCUCCGGGGGCUGCCCGGAAGUGUCCCCCAGGCUCACCGACAGAUCCCAAUGCCACCCUGAGUAAGGAUGAGGCUGCAGUGCACCAAGAUGGGAAGCCUCGUUACAGCUAUGCCACUUUGAUUACAUAUGCCAUCAACUCAUCACCUGCCAAGAAGAUGACACUUAGUGAGAUCUACCGUUGGAUCUGUGACAACUUAAAAAAAAAAAAUGCUGGUAUUGGUUGGAAGAACUCUAUUCGUCAUAACCUCUCUCUGAAUAAAUGUUUUCGGAAGGUGCCUCGACCGAGAGAUGAUCCUGGGAAG